ACACUGCCCAACUGCACACAACUUUCCAGCAGAAAUCCAGGGAAAUCCAGAAACUGCCACUGGAAACAAUCCCAAAAAGUUUCUAAAUCGAAGGAUGGAAUUAUUUGUUACAUUCAAUCGCAGUUUUAUUUCAAAUAAACAGCUGCAUUAAUAACAAAAACCUCAUGAUUUACUUUAUUCGACGUCAAUACAAAACUUGCCGUCUCAACUCUGUGCAUUUGUAACGUGAUCAAUGGACUUCCCAAAGCUUCCUCCUCACUCCGGGUCCGUGCUGUCUGUAGUGGACAUGCACACGGGUGGAGAGCCGCUGCGCGUGAUCCUGAGCGGCUACCCGGAGGUCAAAGGUGAUACCAUCCUCGCCAAGCGUCGCUAUGUACGACAGCACCUCGAUCACCUUCGCAAAGUGUUGAUGUUUGAGCCCCGUGGUCACUAUGACAUGUACGGGGCACUGUUGGUCAGCAGUGAGUUGCCUGAAGCAGACCUCGGUGUUCUGUUCAUGCAUAAUGAAGGAUACAGCACCAUGUGUGGGCACGCCGUCAUUGCGCUCGGGCGCUUCGCAGUGGAUUAUGGUUUGAUCAAAGCGCCCACUUCACCAGAGACACAAAUAAACAUACACUGCCCCUGCGGUUUAGUCAAGGCUUUCACUCAGUAUUCAGAUGGGAAAACAGGGGCAGUCAGAUUUCACAGUGUACCUGCUUUUGCGUUUGCAACAGAUGUGAGUGUCUCUGUACCUGGAUAUGGGCCUAUCAUCGUAGAUAUAAGUUAUGGCGGAGCUCUUUAUGCUUUUGUGAGUGCUGACAAGUUUGGAUUGGAUGUCAACAAGUCCAAAACCAGAGAUUUGGUGGAUGCAGCAACUGCAGUGACAAAUGCUGUUAAGUCCCAGGUCAAGCUAUCCCAUCCUAUAAGUGAAGAUUUGGCCUUCCUAUAUGGUACGAUCAUUACUGAUGGCAAAGACGCUUUCUCUGAGGAACCCACUGCCAACGUGUGCGUGUUCGCUGAUGCACAGGUUGAUAGAAGCCCCACCGGGUCAGGUGUCACUGCUCGCAUAGCUCUUCAAUACCAUAAAGGCCUGAUCGGGCUGAACCAGACCAGAAGCUUCCAGAGCGGAGCUACAGGAUCAGUAUUCACAGGAAAAGCAAUAGAGGAGACCACAUGUGGAGACUUCAGGGCUGUGGUAGUAGAGGUGGCAGGUCAUGCUCACUACAGUGGAGUGGCCAGUUUUACCCAGGAGAGCGAUGACCCACUGAGUGAAGGCUUUCUUCUGCGUUGACUCGACUUAUACUAACCCUAGUCCAGUAAAAAUUGAAACAUUGACUGAUCGCAGGUACAGUGCAGGUCUCCAGUGUGAGUUUAGGUACAGUAUACAAACUGUAUCAUUGGAGAUAGCAAAUCUCUUUGCAAUUUACAAUUAAAUCGUAGUGUUGCAUGCAUGCACAGUCCAAUAAACUUUUAAAAGACAAUGCAGUUUUGUAAAGGGACACUCCACUUUUUUUUGAAAAUAUGCUCAUUUUCCAGCUCCCCUAGAGUUAAACAUUUGAUUUUUACCGUUUUGGAAUCCAUUCAGCCAAUCUCUGGGUCUGGCGGUACAACUUUAAGCAUAAUCCAUUGAAUCUGAUUAGACAAUUAGCAUAGCGCAAAAAAAUAAUCAAAGUGUUUCAAUAUUUUCUUAUUUAAAACUUGAUUCUUCUGUAGUUACAUCGUGUACUAAGACAGACGGAAAAUUUUAAAGUUGCGAUUUUCUAGGCAGAUAUGGCUAGGAACUAUACUCUCAUUCUGGCGUAAUAAUCAAAGAAUUUGCUGCUGUAACAUGGCUGCAGGAGGCGCAAUGAUAUUACGCAGCGCCUGAAAUAGUCUCCUGCUAUUGAAAGUAACCAUAACGAAACUCUUUUUGUUUUGCGCGCAAUGCUAAUGGUCUAAUCAGAUUCAAUGGAUUGUGCUAAGCUAUGCUAAAAGUGCUAGCGCCUGACCCGGAGAUCAGC